AUACUUUGUACUUUCUUUUCUAUUGUUUUUAGUUAACGAUGGCUCAGGCGAGAGAAAUUCGGCGUUUUUUGACAUGGAAAUCUGCCGAUUUGAAAACUUUUUUGAGAGAAAGGAAUGUUCCUGUCGGAGAUGAGAAGCACCAUGAACUGUGUGAAAAAGCUUUUUGGGCUGAAAAGCUAGGUUUAGCAGUCAAACCAACCGACGAAGAAGCAGAGAGGCAGAUACAACGGUCUAGAAGUGAGAAGUUGGUACUUGAUGGUGGCAUAAUCCGUUUACCACGACCAGAAACCCUUGUGAAUGGCUGGGAAGAUGGACCAUCUAGCCUCCCGGAGACUUCUAGAGAUCAUCUAGAUAGCUACAUAAAAGCUGGAAACCGGAGGAUUGGUUUGGAAAAGACCGAAGGAAGGAGGACACUUGGUCUUGGAAAAGGACUGUUUAUGUCCGGUCAUGUUAGAGCCCUGCAAUACCAUGGCAUCAGUAUGAACAUCAGCUACUGCUUUGUCAGAGGAAAGGUAGUGAAGCAACAGAAAACAACCGAGUCACCUUACAAUACAUGGAUCGUUCUGCAUAAAGAAACAGGACAAGUUUGUACAGCUGAAUGUUCAUGCAUUGUCGGAAUACAGGCUACUUGCAAACAUGUGGCAGGUCUUCUGUUUGCAGUUGUGGAGGCAGUAGAGAAAGGGCGAAACAUGACUUGCACUUCGCAAAAACAAGCAUGGGGUGCAGUGCCAAAGAAGGGGAAAGCUUUGCAUGAACCACAGUUUGUUAGAAACAUCAAGGUGGUAGGAAUCCGAGAGGAUGUAUCAAAGCAGACCGUAGAGAAUACCCGUAGGUACCGUUCAACCUUUGACCCACGUUUGCCUAUUCAUCGUGUUGGAAAUGCCAUUAACGAAUUUAAUCUGGAUUGGUUGGCAAGCAUCACAAAUGGGAACUGUGGUAUUUUGUCACACGCAAAACGCGAACCUAAUGUAAACGCUCAAUUGCCGGAUCUUAGCAAGUGUUUAAGCAAUGAAACUGUUGAAACAACUGUGCCUGUACCAACUGUUCUGGAAGUAUAUGAUAGGUUAACCAAAUUAAAGGAACAUGUUUCAGCGAAUUCAAUGCUGGAUAUGCUUAAGAUAAGUCAACACCAGCAACAGGUGUUGGUAAAAGGGACACUGAACCAAGCAUCAUCUACUUUGUGGCGAGAGCAAAGAAAGGGGAGAAUCACAUCAAGUGUUGCAGGCUCAAACUGUAGCAAGUACACAUGCAGAAUACCCGUGUGGUGUGUGUGGUGAUGUUUGCUUAGACAAACCAAAUGAUGCAGAUUACAACAGUAUUUGUUGCGACAAUUGUGACAGGUGGUUUCACUAUGUUUGUGGCGGGAUUGAAGGACAUGAAAAAUUUUUGAAAAAGAGGAAGUUGUCCUGGAAAUGUGAUGGGUGUAAACCAAAAAAGAAAGCCAGGAGGAGUAAAAAGAACACUUCAAACUAAUAAUCUUUUGCAGGAAUUAAUACAGACUGUGAUAGAUCUACAUUUAAAUUAUUGUUCGACAACAAUUCAUUUAAAAACUGCCUUGCUUGAUUUACAGUACUGUGGUCUCUGUACUUAAUGUAAUUCCAAUAUAUAGAUUGUGAUUUCUUUUUGUGCUAGUUUGCAGUUUUACAUACAAUAGCUUGCUCUGAUAGUUUAAUUUAAUGUCACAGUAAUAUAUAACAUGAGAUCGAAAAUGAUAUACAAAUAUAAUAAACUAAUUCAUGUUUUAUUAAUAUACACAAUAACAAAACAAAUACUUAUUUUUUUAAAGUACUGUUAUUAGGAUGAAAAACUAAUCAAACUUUUCUUCAUGUUCACCACCUGGUAGACAAAAUUAUUGACUCUCAUUUAGCAUAAUUAAUUUUUAUUUUUCUUGUUACAUUUGUAUAAAUUACUGUAUAUAUAUUUUGUGUUAUAUCAUAUUUGAAUGUUAUUUUUAUAUAGAAUUUAAGGAAGAAAUAUUAGUUUUAUGUUGGCAAAAUAACUUUUUGAACAAAGUAAAUGAAAAAAAAAAAUCAUAUCCAUUUUUACAAGACUUAUUUCUUUGAUUCUGAAGUUAUAUAUUGUAUUUGAUAAUGCCAAUUCU